AUGUUAAAGUUAUUAUCUUUACUUAACAUCUUAUUGAUGAUUAUUUCAACUUUAGCCCUAACUCAGGGUCAACAAGUUGAUUGGAGUCCCACAAAAACAACAGUGCGUGUUGGAAAUGAACUUGACUUCAAUGUUAAUAUGCAUUGUAAAUCAUCUGAUGAUGAUCUUGGCAACCGUGAUAUUCCUCCAACUACAUAUACAGAAUGGUCUUUUCGAGCUAAUUUUCGAGGCACCACUUUGUAUACGUGCGUCUUUCAAUGGGAUAGUGUGAGAAAGAACGUGGUAAUUUAUGAUGCUAAGAAAGAUGAAGAUUUAUGUAUUUCUCAGUGUUGGAGAAUUCUUAGAACUGAUGGCAUCUAUUUUUAUAAUCAAUACAAAAAGUCUUGGGAGAAAAGAUACUCAUGGUAA